UAAGUAUUUCAGACCAAAGGGGAAGUAGGAUUGACUUGAUAGAAAAAUGGCCAGCAAAGCUUCAUUCACUGUUUUUUCAGUCAUUGCUCUGUGCCUGGUAUUUGCAAAUGCUCUACCUCGCUUACCGAAUCAGAGACGUUGCAAAUGCAUUCAGCAAACAGAAGUGUUACACUCAUCUAUGAGAAUAAGCAAUGUUAAAAUUUUCUUUAAACAGAACCUAUGCCCAAACAUUGAGAUCAUUGUCAACUUGAAAAAUAGAAGAAGGAUAUGCUUGAAUCCCAACUCAGAAACCGGCAGGAAAAUGAUUGCUAUUAUGAGAAUGAAAGUGAACAAUUGAAUGAAUACAUGCAGAAAAUGGAAAUUCUUAUACUGUUGAUUGUGUGCACUGACUACACAGAAAUUUGAAAUCCAUUUGUUCAUUAUUAGACACUUGAAAAAUCUUUGAUUUAUUACAUGCUUUGAACUUUUAUUUUUACAUUUAGUAAAUUGACCUGGCUGUAACAAAAAAAUUGAAUAAUCAUUGCUUAUUGACACUCAGCUUCAUUUAAGCAUCUGCAUGUAACACAAAUUAGCUGGCUCACAAGCUAGUUAUAAAACCCCAAGUUUUGAAAUUUGUUACAAUUUUCAGCUACUGAACUUUUUCUUUUAUAAUUAUGCUGACACUGAUUGUGAUAAAAAUAAGCUAUUUCAUAUCAUUUGAUAUAAUAAAAUAAUUAAUUAAGUUUUAAGCCUCAUAUUAAUCUGCAGGAUUCUGGCUGUUUUUGCUGAUUUAUUGUCAAAGAGCUUUCAAGCUCUGAAUUUUCCUGGUUUUGUAUGUCAUUGUAUAUGGUAUGCUUUCGCUUUGGAAUGAAUGUUACUUUUAUAUUGUGUCAGUUUUUAUGACAUUCAUGUAAGCAAAUAUAUUAUGUAACUUUUGGAAUUAUUGUGAUGUUUGUAUUGUAUUUUUAAUGAUAAUUGCUUAAUUGUGUUCUUGAAUUUAAUACACAAUUGUAAUAUUUGAAAACCAAAUUUGACAAAUGCAAGUUGCUUUGCCAAUUUUAAUAAAAUGCAUUACUCAUC